CUGAACUGACGUGUUUCAGAAACGAGUCAUAAAUAAUCCGUCAUAAAUACCAGGACGUAUAAGUAUCAAGUAUACGAGACACAUUUCAAUCAUUCUCUCACUAAAUCAUCUCCUACCAGUGUCUGCGAGCUUCUCACAUGUCAACUGACGCACUCUCCAAAUCCACUCUCGAUGAUGGUGUUAUAGCAAGCAUUCGUCAGAACAUUGCCAAUUUUCUUCGGCGUUGCGGUUUGCAGUAUAUAGACGUCGCAGUCGACGAAGCAUACCACUCUGAAUGCUGCCAGGAGGCUAUCAACCGUGGCUUUCCGAUGGACGGGAAAUAUUCCAUCCGCGAAUACAUGGAGAUCGGUGUGGCCAUGUCAUCUAACGCUUACGCGCACCUUCCUGACAACGCGGCCAAAAUGUGGAUGUGCCUCUUCACUGCUGUCGCCACCCGCGUCGAUGACGUGAUGGUCAGGGGAGAGGACAUGGCGGAUAUGUACCAUUUCAAUGAGCGGUUUGUGAACUGCAGACCACAGGGUGAUCCUAUCCUAAAUGCGCUCGAUGUGAUCUUGCGUGAGAUCACUCGCUUUCAUUCCCCGCUGGUGUCGGAUCUUAUCACUGCGUCCACAAUCAACUUUAUGUCCGCCAACUGCCUUGAUGAUGUGACUAAAGACAUGCAGGUAUGGUAUCUUGCCAAGACUCCCUUGUACCCAGAGUAUUCUAGGCUCCUAGGAGGCUUGACAGAUGGAUAUGUGUUAUUCAUGUUCCCUUCCACGCUCCCAAUUCAGGAAUACAUUCAAUGUAUGCCGGAUCUAAGGACUGUCGUGAAUCACACAAAUGAUAUACUAUCUUACUACAAGGAGGAGAUCGGCGGUGACACCGCAAACUACUUGUCGCUCAUGGCAGCCUCUCGUGCUUGCACUAAACAGGAUGCUCUGCAUGACUUAAUCGAGAAAACUGUGCAAGCGCAUCACAAUAUCCUCGACUGUCUCAGACCUUAUAGUGAGGCUUAUGACGCCUAUGUCUGUUUUUUUGAAGGGUAUGUCAAAUUUCAUAUUGCCUUAAAAAGGUACAAGAUGAAGGAGAUCAUGGCCGAGAUGUCCUCCCCUUCUUAGUGUGAUUCGUUCCGACUUUCUAGAAUGUUCUUCAUCAUAUCUUGACUUAGUAGCCACUUGCACAGCACCUGUUAGCAGAGCGUUACUUGACUCAUUUCUUGUAAUAAGAGGCGGUAGAGGCUUACCAUGCCAGGUGCAUCAAGCGCACCCGAAGUUCCAUUACGGACCUGUUUCGUACCUUUUCUUCGUCGUGCUGUCUCUUGUCGAUGUUUUCUCUGUACAAUUCUAUAUGAUAUGUUCAAAGGCAGUAUGAUAUUGAUCGAAG